UGGCUGCAUAUAUAAGCCGCUUCGCUGGCCAGGGCGCUCACUUAGUUCACUUGGCUAUUGCGCCGAGUUGUGAGUUGAGGACUGCAACUAUGAAUCGCUGGUUGAAUCGCGUGGCUGUCGUCACAGGCGCUAGCUCCGGCAUUGGAGCUGCCUGCUGCAAGGAUUUGGUGGCCAAGGGCAUGAUCGUGGUGGGUUUGGCGCGCCGUGAGCAGCGCCUGCAGGAGCUGAAGGCUGCGCUGCCAGCGGAGCAGGCCAAGCGCUUUCACUUCCACAAGUGUGAUGUGAGCGUGGAGCAAGAGGUGGUCGACGCCUUUGCCUGGGUGGACGCCACGCUCGGCGGUGCCGAUGUGCUGAUCAACAAUGCGGGCGUUCUGCGCCAGACGUACAUUGUGGAUGCGGGCAACAGUGCGGAUUUGCGCGCCAUGGUGGAGACCAAUGUGCUGGGCGUUUCCUGGUGCACGCGCGAGGCGUUCCAGUCGCUACAGCGUCGACAGAUCAAUGAUGGCCAUGUGAUCAUCAUCAACAGCAUUGUGGGUCACAAGAUUCCAGUGCUGCCCGGCCAAAGCUUAAACAUGUACCCACCCUCCAAGCAUGCGGUCACCGCUCUCACCGAGGUGCUGCGCCAAGAGUUCAACAGCAAAGGCACAAAAACAAAGAUCACAAGCAUCAGCCCCGGCGCUGUGGACACCGAGAUCUUCUCUGAUGCCGCCAAGCAACAGAUUGCUGACAUGCCCAUGCUGCGCUCCGAGGACAUAGCCGAUGCCAUCACCUAUUGCAUUCAAACGCCACCCAAUGUGCAAAUACAUGAGCUGACCAUUAAGCCAGUGGGCGAGAUUUUCUAGCAGCGAUUCUUCUAUUUGUAAAUUAUAAAAAACAGAGACAGGCAGCUAUCCUACGAACAAAAGGACUAUACCAAACUGAUUCUUAAAUGGCAGAGAUUCCGAAAAAUAAGUUAAUUCUAUUUUUCCAAAUUUCAUUUAAUGCAUCAAUUUGUGAUAAAUAAAAGUGAUCUUAUAAGUU